GAUACUUCAGCAAAUUCCAUUUCAACGUCUGCUGCUAAACCAUCUUCUGCAACUAAAACAAGAUCAGUUCAUCCCCCGAAAUGUAAAACUUCUGUUGGUGUUGUCUCCAGCUCAUUUAAUCAGAGUAGUUUUGAGAAAGGUGACUUGCAGUCCACUUUAUUAGAUGAAGAUAAAGUUAGUAGACCAGACCUUGAUCUUUCUGCAAUUAAUGAUAAAAGUGUCUGCAAAAAGACUCCUGUUCCAAAAGCUGCUAGCAAAGGAGUUAAAGAGACGUGUCAAAACCCUCCCCGAAAGGAGGGUAAUUCUGAUGCUUGGAUGAAAGAGCUGGACUCUCAGACUCUGCUUUUGACUUACCUGAGAGUAAAGGCAGAAAAAAAUGUUGCUGAGCUGGAGAAAAAAGCAGAAAAAAACUUGUUAAUGUUGUGUGAAGAAAAGGAGAGACAACAGGAGAAGCUCUGUGAGUUGAAGCGUGAGAUUCUACUCAGAGAGAGAGAGGAGAAACUUGAUGAAGCGUUGGACACACAGAUGGAAGUACUUUCUACCCUUGUUCCUGUUUGUGAACAAUUUAAAGAGCAGUACAAAAGCUUUGCACGUGCCCUGGAUGCCACUAGACAUGAAUUACCCAUAAAGAAUAUUCACAUAGAAGAAGAUACGUUAACGUACCUUGGUAAACUACAAGAGCAGUUAGCUAUCACACAGGAGCUUCUGACAGACGUUAUGCCAAGCUACUCAGAAGAAAGUGCAAAAGCCUUUAGUGUACUGAAAGAGCUUAAAGAUGUUUUCCAGAAACUGGAUAAAGAGCUUCAAAGGAACUUCUCACAAGUGCAGAACCUGUCAUUUGAAGUUAGUAAAGAAGUUUCUCUGCAUAACCAAGCGAUAUGUGAAGAGAAUUAUGGACUAGAUGUUGUGAAACGCUGGUACUUCAACUAA